UAAAGGAAGGCCUCACCCUUUCCAUAUCUCUCUCUCACACACAUUUAUUGAUUUGUAAGUUGCAACAUCCAUUUCCAUUUUAGAAUGAACAAGUAAUUAAUAAUAUACAUUUUCAUUUUAUCAUAUUCAUGGCUGACUCCUUCGAAAUGAUCGAUUACUCAUCCUCCAGCCAAGGCCACCGCAACCGCAACCGUUACCGCCACCGCCAUCGCCACCCAACAACCAACAGCACUAGUACAAGCAACAGAUUCGGACACCUGCAAUCCGAGUCUUUUACGGCAUCCAGCUCCUACAACUUCUCUCACUAUCCUACUCCAAGCAGGCCACCUCGGAACCCUACUACUCCGGCCACCCCAUUCGCCUCCGACGAUGACAGGUCAUGGCAAGGUGAGCUCUCUUGGCAGUUCGAGCCAACCGGCUGGCGCCACAAUCGCAACCUCAAUCUUGGUGCAGCACUCUCUCCAUGGGCGGCUGCCACCACCACCACUACCCCUUCCAGUCGGAUAUUCCGUCGAUCAGCGAAUGACUAUUACCUUUCUCGUACUUCCCGUGGUGGUGGUGGCUUUCAGAACCACAGCUUCGCUAAUUCCUCAAUCUCCUACUCAGAACAUUCUCAUUCUGGCUAUGGCUACAGUGCACUACCACCAUCGGGAACUGGGAGACUUGAGCUGCAGAGUUAUAAUGAAAACUCACACUCACACUCGCUUGUUCCAAGGAAUUACAGUUCUGCUUCUGGCCAACAUAGUAAGUUCCCUAAACUUUCACCUAAGUUUUCACCCACGUUUUCAAGCUUGUUGACGAUUAAGGAGGGAAGUGCAAGUGCUGGACACAGUGAUCCUUUUGCUGACAAGGAUGAGCUUAGGAAGAUUGAUUGUAAUAACACCACAGAGGACAAAAUUAUAAUUGAGGCUGAGUCAAAUCGCCACCAUUACCAACGUCACGAUCCACGUUGGUUCUCUGUUUCACAUGCUUAUGUGGAUGACAAUGAAACUGAUCAGGACGAUAUGGAUGAUCAUCAUCAUCCUCGUCUGCAUGAUCAUGGCAACAUUAAUAUUAAUGGGGAGUCUUCAUACCAAUACGAUGAAGAAGAUGAUGAUGAUGAUGUGGAUGAUGCAGAGCCACCGCAGUCUGUUGGGCUACUUAGCUUGUUCAAGUAUUCAACCAAGUUUGAUAUACUUUUGGUGAUAUUGGGCUGUUUGGGAGCUCUAAUAAAUGGAGGAUCUCUUCCUUGGUACUCGUUUCUUUUCGGUAAUUUUGUAAACAAGAUUGCCAGAGGACCAAACAAUGACAACAAUCAGAUGAUGAAGGAAGUGGAAAAGAUAUGUCUUCUUAUGACCGGAUUAGCAGCAAUAGUUGUGGUUGGAGCAUACAUGGAGAUCACUUGCUGGAGAAUGAUUGGGGAACGAUCAGCUCAUCGGAUUAGAACAGAAUAUCUACGAGCAGUGUUGCGACAGGAUGUUGGAUUUUUUGACACACAAACAAGUACUGGUGAUAUUAUGCAUGGAAUAUCAAGUGAUGUUGCACAAAUUCAAGAAGUGAUGGGGGAGAAGAUGGCACAUUUCAUCCAUCAUAUAUUCACUUUCAUAUGUGGUUACACGGUUGGCUUUCUGAGGUCAUGGAAGAUUUCUCUGGCAGUUUUGGCAGUCACCCCAUUAACAAUGUUAUGUGGUAUCGUCUAUAAGGCUGUGUAUGUUGGUCUAACUACAAGAGAGGAGGUUUCUUAUAGGAAAGCUGGUAGCGUUGCAGAGCAAGCCAUCAGUUCGAUUAGAACAGUAUUGUCUUUUGUAGCAGAGGAUCAAUUGGCUUCAAGAUAUGCAGGAAUGUUGGAGAAAGCAGUGCCCUUUGGGGCGAAGAUUGGAUUUGCCAAGGGUGCAGGAAUGGGAGUUAUAUAUUUAGUCACGUAUUCGACAUGGGCAUUGGCUUUCUGGUAUGGAUCUAUCUUGGUUGCUAGAAAAGAGAUCACUGGAGGUGCAGCCAUUGCAUGUUUCUUUGGUGUCAAUGUAGGGGGGAGGGGCUUGGCAUUGUCAUUGUCAUAUUUUGCGCAGUUUGCACAAGGAACUGUAGCAGCUAGCAGAGUGUUUGAAAUCAUAGACAGAGUUCCAGACAUUGAUCCCUACAGCACGGCGGGGAGGAGGCUCUUAAGUGUACGUGGAAAGAUUGAGUUCAAGAAUGUCACUUUUGCUUACCCAUCUCGUCCUACAGCUCAAAUUCUCCGCUCUCUCAAUCUAGUAAUUCCAUCUUCAAAGACUGUCGCAUUGGUUGGUGUUAGUGGGGGAGGCAAGUCCACCAUUUUUGCUCUUAUAGAGAGAUUUUAUGAUCCUAUCAACGGGUUGAUAAACUUGGAUGGACAUGAUUUAAGGAGUCUACAAGUGAAGUGGUUGAGAAGUCAGAUAGCUAUGGUGGGUCAGGAGCCCGCUCUGUUUGGCUCUACCAUAAUAGAAAAUGUGAUGAUGGGUAAAGAGAAUGCCACCAAGAAAGAGGCUACUGCAGCUUGUAUUGCUGCCAAUGCCCACAACUUCAUCUGUAGCCUUCCAUGGGGCUAUGAUACCCAGGUUGGAGAUAGAGGAACCCAAUUGUCAGGUGGCCAAAAGCAGCGGAUAGCACUUGCUCGAGCGAUGAUCAAAGACCCUAGAAUUCUUCUAUUAGAUGAGCCCACAAGUGCCUUAGAUACGGAGUCUGAAUCGGUGGUGCAACAGGCCAUUGACAAGAUCUCCAUGGGCAGAACCACCAUUGUCAUUGCUCAUAGGUUGGCAACUGUAAGACAUUCUCACACCAUUGUUGUUCUUGAUCGCGGCUCCGUUGUUGAGAUUGGCGACCAUGUCCAGCUCAUGGAACAAUUCGGGGCGUACUACAACCUUGUCAAGCUAGCUUCUGAGUCAGUUUCAAAACCCAUGCCAAAACCAUUGUCAUCAAACCAAAAUGAUUCUUCUCAGAAACAUAACAAAAAGAAGAAUACAGACUUCUCGGUGGAUGAGAAAUCGGUUCAUGAUGCGUCAUCGAGAGCAAAGCACGUAUAUGAAAUCUCCAAGUCCGACUACUUGAAAUCCAUGCAAGAAGUGGACGAUGACGACGAGGACGAAGAAGCAGAAGUUCAGAAACCCAGGAAAUUCAGGCUCUCUGAGAUAUGGAAAUUGCAGAAACCAGAGGUUGUCAUGCUGUUAUGUGGGUUCAUCUUGGGCAUUUUUGCCGGUGCAAUCCUCUCCAUCUUUCCCUUAGUUCUAGGCCAAGCCCUUCAAGUUUACUUCGACACAAACACAAAACAUAUGAAAAGAGAUGUUGGUAAACUCUGUUUGGUACUAGUUGGGCUUGGCUUUGGUUGCAUCAUCUCCAUGACAGGCCAGCAAGGUUUCUGCGGCUGGGCCGGUACAAAGCUCACCAAGAGGGUCAGGGAUUUCUUAUUCCGAGCUAUAUUAAAACAAGAACCAGGUUGGUUUGAUUUUGAGGAGAAUUCGACUGGAAUACUUGUUUCAAGGCUUUCCAUCGAUUGUGUUAGUUUCCGGUCUGCCCUCGGGGAUCGUUUCUCUGUUUUACUAAUGGGUUUGAGUUCAGCAACUGUUGGCCUUGGCAUUUCAUUUCGUCUGGAAUGGAGAUUAACACUCUUGGCUGCUGCUCUCACUCCAUUAACGCUCGGGGCAAGCUAUUUCAAUCUCAUUGUCAAUGUUGGCCCUAAGUUAGAUAACAAUUCUUAUGCCAAAGCUAGCAACAUUGCUGCAGGUGCAGUUUCAAAUAUAAGAACAGUGACAACAUUUUCAACACAAGAACAGAUAGUUCAAUCCUUUGAUCGAGCUUUAUCAGAGCCUCUGAAAACAUCGAUUAGAAGGUCACAAAUUCUUGGGUUAGCCCUUGGGUUCUCUCAAGGUGCCAUGUAUGGAGCAUAUACUAUGACACUCUGGUUUGGAGCUCGCCUCGUAAAACAAGGCCACACAAACUUCGGGGAGGUAUAUAAGAUUUUCCUAAUACUUGUUCUGAGCUCAUUUUCAGUUGGACAACUAGCUGGCCUUGCCCCAGAUACUUCCAUGGCUGCAACUGCAAUACCUAGUGUUUUGGAUAUAAUUAAGCGUAUACCGUUGAUAGGCAAUAAUAAUAAUAGUAGUAAUAAUGAUAGCCAAAAUGGGGGGAGGACGAUUGAAAGGUCGAAGAAGCCAUUUGAUGUGGAAUUCAAGAUGGUAACAUUUGCAUACCCAUCUAGGCCAGAGGUGAUUGUGUUAAAGGACUUCUGUUUGAAGGUCAAAAGUGGAAGUAUGGUAGCACUGGUAGGAGGAAGUGGGUCAGGAAAAUCAACAGUGAUAUGGAUGGUGCAGAGAUUUUACGAUCCAAAUCAAGGGAAGGUACUGAUGGGUGGGAUGGAUUUGAGGGAUCUUAAUCUCAAGUGGCUGAGGACCCAAAUAGCAUUGGUGGGUCAAGAGCCAGCACUAUUUGCUGGGACCAUAAGAGACAAUAUUGCAUUUGCAAACCCAAAUGCAUCCUGGGCUGAGAUUGAAGAAGCAGCUAAGGACGCUUACAUUCACAAGUUCAUAAGUGGGCUGCCACAAGGAUAUGACACACAGGUUGGUCAGAGUGGGGUGCAACUGUCUGGUGGGCAGAAACAGAGGAUAGCAAUAGCAAGGGCUAUACUGAAGAAAUCCAAAAUUCUACUACUGGAUGAAGCUAGCAGUGCAUUGGACUUGGAAUCAGAGAAGCACAUACAAGAUGCACUGAAGAAGGUUUCAAAGCAGGCAACAACAAUGGUAGUGGCACACAGGCUUUCCACCAUAAGGGAAGCCAAUCUCAUUGCUGUUGUCAAAGAUGGUGCCGUUGCCGAGUAUGGAAGCCAUGACACUCUCAUGGCUGCUUCCCACGUUAAUGGUAUCUAUGCUACCCUCGUUCAUGCAGAAACUGAAGCUAAUGCUUUUUCUUGAUUUGAUUCUCAUUAUUGUUGUUAAUAUACAUACAUACAUGCAUCAAAGUUGGGUAGAAUUUUUGGUGAUCAGGACUGGACAUCCAACGACCACGAUCAGUCUUCUUCUGCUCAUAGAUAAAGCUAGCUCAUUGUGUAACGUCGUCAAAAAAAUACAUAAAACCCACCACUUUAGACAUGCAUUGAUAUAAAAGAAACCAACC